GAGGCGAGGGGCGGGCCCUUGCGACGCGGCGGAGCGGGCGGCCAACGGGAGCGGCGGGUCCCCAACUGCCGGCUUUCAAAUCCUCCGCCUCCCCCCCCGCCGCCCGGCCCCCGCCCUCUCCGGCAACGGCAGCGGCGGCGCGAGGGGGCCUGGGCCGGCGGCGGCGCGCGGAGCUUUUCUCGUGGAAGAAGUGGCAGCGGGGAGAGCUCUGCUCUUAACAUUGAGAAGGCAGAAAAAUGGCAUCAGAAGACAUCACCAAGCUUGCAGAGUCACUUGCCAAAACCAAAGUGGGUGGCGGACAGCUGAGCUUCAAAGGCCAGAGCCUUAAACUGAAUACGGCUGAAGAUGCCGAAGAAGUGAUCAAACAAAUUGAAGAAUUUGAUGGCCUGGAAGCACUGCGCCUGGAAGGCAACACAGUGGGUGUGGAGGCAGCGAAGGUUAUUGCCAAAGCCCUGGAGAAGAAGUCAGAGCUCAAGAGGUGUCAUUGGAGUGACAUGUUCACUGGGAGGCUAAGAUCUGAGAUCCCUCCUGCUUUGAUCUCUUUGGGGGACGCACUCAUCACUGCUGGAGCCCAGCUGGUGGAGCUUGACCUGAGUGACAAUGCCUUUGGGCCAGACGGUGUGCGUGGCUUCGAGGCGCUGCUGAAGAGCCCUGCAUGUUACACCCUGCAGGAACUCAAGCUCAAUAACUGUGGCAUGGGCAUUGGUGGUGGCAAGAUAUUGGCAGCUGCUCUGAAAGAGUGUCACAGGAAAUCGAGUGCCCAGGGCAAGCCUCUUGCUUUGAAAAUAUUUGUGGCUGGCAGAAAUCGUCUGGAGAAUGAUGGUGCCACUGCCCUGGCUGAAGCUUUUGGGAUCAUUGGGACUCUGGAAGAGGUCCAUAUGCCACAGAAUGGAAUCAACCAUCCUGGCAUCACUGCACUGGCCCAGGCCUUUGCUAUCAACUCACUGCUUAAGGUUAUAAAUUUGAAUGACAACACCUUCACAGAGAAAGGAGCUGUGGCCAUGGCAGAGACACUGAAGUCACUAAGGCAGAUUGAAGUGAUCAACUUUGGAGACUGCCUGGUGCGUUCGAAGGGUGCCGUUGCUAUUGCAGAUGCUGUUAAAGAAGGGCUUCAUAAAUUAAAGGAACUGAACUUGUCCUUCUGUGAGAUCAAACGAGAUGCUGCUCUGACUGUUGCUGAAGCUAUUGAAGAUAAGGCAGAGUUGGAGAAGUUGGAUCUCAAUGGUAACUGCCUGGGAGAAGAGGGAUGUGAGCAACUGCAGGAGAUCCUUGAAGGCUUCAAUAUGGCAGCUGUGCUGGGAUCUUUGAGUGAUGAUGAAGGGGAAGAGGAGGAUGAUGAAGAAGAGGAAGAGGAUGAAGAAGAAGAGGAGGAGGAGGAAGAGGAGGAGGAAGAACAGCAACAGCUUAAGGAGAGAGGACAGGGAGAACAGGACUCAUUGACUCCUAAGAAGAUAAUUGAUUCACAGGAUUCAACUCCAGUGUCAUCUCCUCCUGUGGAUGUUGCCACAUUCCUUGCAUUCCCGUCACCAGAGAAGCUGCUGCGACUAGGACCAAAGUGUUCCGUGCUGAUAGCUCAGCAGACAGAUACAACUGAUGUAGAGAAAGUAGUUACAGCUCUCCUAAGGAUAUCUUCAGUCUUCAAAGAUGAAGCCCCAGUAAAAACAGCUGUGCAUGAAACAACAGAUGCCUUGAUGAGGAAAGCCUUCACUUCUGCCACGUUUAAUUCGGAUGCAUUUGUCACAAGACUCUUGAUCCACAUGGGACUACUUAAGAGUGAAGAGAAGAUCAAAACUGUCCCAAGCCUCUAUGGUAUUCUUAUGACUUUGAACCAUAUGGUCCAGCAAGAUUAUUUCCCCAAAUCCCUGGCUCCAGUUCUCACAGCUUUUGUCACAAAACCAAACCGUGCUCUUGACUCCUGUUCAUUUGCUCGCCACAUGCUUUUACAAACCCUCCACCAGCUGUGAGAGGCAAGAGAUGCUGCUGUGCCCUUCCCUCCUCAUAGGACUGUCAUCAGCAGAGAACUUGGAGCUGCAUAGUGGGAGAAGAUCCUGGAGCCCAUGCAGACAUGCUGUCCCUUUUUUUUUUUUUUUUUUUUUAUUCUCCCUGUAGGAGGUCUGUCCUUCCUUCUGCUUUCAUAAACUUGGACAAAUCCUGCUGAAUUUUUUUUUUAUUCCACUCCUCAUGAAGUGACUCCCUGCUCUGCAGGGCAGAUGCUUACGCUAGACUAAGUCAGUGCUGCUCUGAGCUCUGCAUGAAUUGAAAAGAAGAAUCCUUUUCCACUUCUGUAGCAUUGGCAAGGGUGUGCCAAGCCUAACAAAGAGCCCAGAAGCGCUCUCAUCAGGAUCAACCCCGUUGUCCAUUUAAUUUUAUUUUAUUAGACUGUGACUUCUGCCUGACAGCAUCCAGCACUGUGCAGGAGGGAGGCUACGCUGCUACUGCUGCCCUUGCUUCUCCAGGCCAGGGGAGUGCUUGACCCCCUUCUGCUGCUGCCAGGUCACAGAGGGGCAAGGUGUGCUCCCCCUUGUUUCUUCUUCCGAGUCCAUUUCUUGAAGGCACUGUGUGGCUGAUGUGUAUUUUAAUAUACUACUCCCCCGCUGCCGUGGCUUGGAAUGUCUGUGUCGUGUGGCUGACCCUGGUGGCCAUUGCUUAAGGGAGCAAGCAUAUUUUUAUUGUAAUUUUUCUGUCACUGCCUGUGUAGUUUCCCUCUUUCCCUCCCUUUCCCUGUCCCUUUCCCUUCUCUUCCUAGUUAAAUAGGCUAGGUUUGGAAAUGAAUACAAUCCAUGAAGUCCCUGUGGAAUAUGUGUUCCCUUUCUCCUCCCUCCUCUCUCUCCUCCCUUUGGUAAAACAGUGGGACUGUGUGCACCGUUCACGUGUUUGAAGGCUGUGCACAUAUAAGAGCACAAACAAUCGGGGCUGUGCUGAAUUUCUGGGGGUAGGGCUGCACCCCUUCUCACCCCGGAGGAGUAGCAGCAGGUGCCCCUAAACCUCUCUUCGGGGGAUUGUUCAUCUGUGUGCAUGCUUGUGGCACCUACCUGCGCUGCUUCUGAGCACAGAAGCUGGUUCUGCUCCUUCUUUCAAGCCUCUGAGAAUCAACACAUCUCUUUAGGUGAUUUAAAAAAAAAAAAAAAAAGAAAAAAGGUUUUCCUUCAACUAAGGCUGAUCAUUCCCUACCUGCUCUUAGCUGAAGGAGACCGUUCAUCAUUCAUCCUUUCUCACCAGACCUCACACUUGACUACACCAUAAAUAGUGCCAGUGUCAGGAGAAGUCAAUGAUGUGGAGUUAGUCUAAUACUAAUUAACUAAUGGGGGGGGGGGGCAACAUGUGUCGCAGCUGGCAGGGGCACACAUGCUUGGCAUAAAUGCAGGAAAAGCUGGCAUUUACUCACAAGAUUUGCAGGCAGCGUUGAUGGAAAAGAAAGGGUGUGGGGCACUGGAUGAAAUAAACUGUGGUAUGUGCAAGACCAA